AUUCCUCUCCCUCUCCCCCUCCUCCUCCUCCUCCUCCCUCUCCCCCGCCUACCUCCCGCUUUUUAAAGGCCCUGGAAAAGCCAUGAAUUUUGAAUUUGAGAGGGAGAUCGGGUUUAUAAAUAGCCAGCCCUCGCUCGCCGAGUGCCUGACGUCUCUCCCCGCUGUCCUGGAGACAUUUCAAACUUCAUCAAUCAAGGACUCGACGUUAAUUCCUCCUCCUUUUGAGCAAAGCGUCCUCCAGAGCCUGAAUCCUUGCUCGGAGAGACCGAGGAGCCAAAAACGAGCAUCCCAUGGCCUUCCCCAGCCUCAGCCCCCGGCUCGGCCCGGCCCCUCGGCAGCCGAAUUCCCUUGGAUGAAGGAGAAGAAAUCCAGGAAAACCUCUCAGGCUCCGUCCUCUUCCUCCCCACCUUCAUCAUCCUCGCUGCCGGUGCCCGCAGAGGGGCUGGCGGACAGCAGCGGCUCCAGGAGGCUCCGCACCGCCUACACCAACACCCAGCUGCUGGAGCUGGAGAAGGAAUUCCACUUCAACAAAUACCUGUGCCGGCCGCGGCGCGUGGAGAUCGCGGCGCUGCUGCAGCUCAGCGAGCGCCAGGUCAAGGUGUGGUUCCAGAACCGGAGGAUGAAGCACAAGAGGCAAAGGCAGCGGAGAGAGGAGCCGGGUUUGGCCGGCCUGGAUGAAGGCAGCGAGCCCGAGGGCAGCCCCGCUCCGCCGGAGCCCCGGGGGAACGCGGGGCCGAGCUCCGAGCAGCCCGGGCCGGCGGCGGGGGAGGCUCCGGACUCGCCGGUGCUGCCGGAGCUGGGGCUGCUGCCGUGCCUGGAGCUUUCCCAAGGCUUUUCCCCGGCUCUUCCCGCUGCCCUGGAGAGCCCGCUGAGGUUCUCCGAGGAGGAGCUGGAAUUCUUCAGCAGCGCGCUUUGGAGCAUCGACCUGCAGAGAUUCGAUUAGCGGGGGAGACCGGCUGGAGGGCACCUCAAAAUCGGCCCGAAAACCGGGGGGGACACCCAAAAUCUGCCCUGAAAGAAGGGAAAUUCCCCGAAAUUUGGUCUAAAAGAGGGGGGGACACCCAAAAUCUGCCCUAAAAGAAGGGAAAUUCCCCUAAAAUUGGCUUAAAAGAGGAGGAACCCUCCAAAAUCUGCCCUGAAAGAAGGGAAGACCCUCGAAAUCUGGUCUAAAAGAGGGGGGAACACCCCAAAACUGCCCUAAAAGAAGGGAAAUCCCUCGAAAUCUGGCCUGAAAGAGGGGGAACUCUCCAAAAUCCGGUCCAAAAGAGGGGGAACCCUCAAAACCUACCCUGAAAGAGAGCAGAACACCCCAAAUCUGCCCCGAAAGAAGGGAAAGCCCCUGAAAUCCGACCUAAAAAGGGGGGGAACCUCCCAAAAUCUGGUCUAAAAGAAGAGGAAAUGCCCAAAAUUUGGCCUGAAAGAGGGGGGAACCCUCAAAAUCUGCCCUGCGAGAAGGAAAACCCUCAAAAUCGGCCCUAAAAUAGGAGAAAAAGCCCCAAAAUCUGCCAUAAAAGAAGGGGAAACCCCACAAAAUCUGCUCUGAAAGAAGGGAACCCUCCAAAAUCUGCCCUAAAAGAAGGACCCCCACCCCAAAAUCUGCUCUAAAAUAAGGGGAAACCCCCCAAAAUCAACCUCAAGCCAUUUCUCAUCCUCCUCCCUCUUCCUCUUCGGAGCUCCGUGAGACCCAAACCUCCCGAUAUUUAUCCCAGAAGGUGAAAGAGAGGCCCGAGUUUGGCUAAAAUGCAGCAAUUUCACGAUAGUUUUAUUUAUAAUUUAUUUAUUUCCUCCCCCCUCCCCCUUUUAUUUAUUUCCAAGGUUGUUCUCAGGCACGGCGGAGAUGUCAACCCCCGAGAGAAAAAUUAAAAAUAUGAAAAAAGAAAUUUUUUCUAAAUCCUCCCCAGCCACUUUCUCAGGAAUCAGAAGGAGACUUUUAGAUUUCGUAAUAAA